UGUGGAUCGCGCCAUGUCGCGAUCAUAUGGCGUUGAAACUUCGACCGCAACGGAGCACCUUAGAUGCUUCUGCGUAGUGCAGCCAAGUGGGAACGUGUGAACUAUUUCUUUGCACGUGUUCUUGCCGGUGGCGAAUGGAAGUGGUGAGCGAAUGUGGAAGUGUACCAUUGUGUGUGUGGUUGUGUGUCUGAUAAAUUCAAACCAUAUUUCGGCAGGGAGUGAAAGUCAGAAGUGAAAGAAGAAUUCAAUCGUGCGCUAGUCGCGAUCGCGGUCAAGCUAACGGGAACGUGAAAUUUUUGAAACCAAACGAAGUGUUCCCUUUUUUGUUUCCAGCGUUGGUGGUUGUAGGAAGUGACCGAGUUUUGUGGUUUUUUUUUUGGUUUGUGCCCAGCUUAACGUAGUGUAAAAUCAGCUACGAUCAUCACCGGUGAAACGUUAACCGUAGUUAAAAAGUGUUCCACUAAAAUAAAUCACAGCACAGCACAAAGAUGAGCCUCGUGUUGAUGAUCGGUCUGCCCGUUGGGCUACUGUUGGCCAUCUUUUUCUUCAUGAAAUCAUCGAAGGAAAUGCCAAAGAACUGGACACAGUUCGUGUGUGAGGUGCGGAUGCAGAUCUGCGGUUUCCAGGCCCUGCUGGACGAUUUCAUCAUGCGGCCACGGAAUAAAGUCGAACUUUAUAAGCAGCCGGGCAAGAUUGCGCUCAUCACCGGUGGUAAUCGUGGGAUCGGACUUCGCAUCGUCAAGAAGCUGGUGGAGUGUGAAAUCGAAGUCAUUCUUGGUGUUCGCAAUCCGAUCGAUUCCCGUAAGGCGGUGGAAGCCUAUCUGGAACAUGCGAAGAUCCCGGUCGCCAGCUGUAAGCUACACUACGAACAGCUUGACAUCGGAAACAUGAAGUCGGUGCGGGAGUUUGCCGGCAAGAUUAGGACCAAGUUUGAGAAAAUACAUCUCCUCAUCAACAAUGCCGGUGUUAUGAGCGUACCGUUCAAGCUGACUGGCGAAGGUUACGAAUCGCACAUGGCCAUCAACUAUUACGGCCAUUUCCUGCUGACACAUUUGCUACUGCCACAGCUGAAGGCAGCCGGUACCGCUGAAUGUAAAGCGCGCGUUGUGAAUGUAUCGUCCUGUGUGCACAAAAUUGGUGAAAUCGAUUACAAGGACAUUAACAAAGUCAAAAACUACUACCCGGCGGAUGCGUACAAUCAGAGCAAGCUGGCCCAGGUCCUGUUCGCAAAGUACAUCAACUUAAUUUUCGAAGAGGAAGGAAUGCCGAUCCUGUCCAACUCGCUGCAUCCCGGUGUCGUUAAUACGGAUCUCUUCGAGCAUUCCAGUACGAACUAUAUCCCGUGGGUACGGGCACUGCUGUUCAAGAAUCCGGAGGAAGGUUCACGUACCGUCGUCCAUGCGGCCAUCUCACCGAAGCUGGAAACACGCGGUGGAUGCUAUUUGAGCAACUGUCGCGAAGCGAGCAGUCACCGCUAUUGGAACAAUUCUGUCCAGUGUGAAAAAUUGUUCAACUUCACCUGUGAUACGCUGCGUAUCGAAGAUUUCUUCUACAAGCGUAACUAACUUAACUCACCAUUGUGCGAUUGUUGACACAUUCCCUCCAUUUUUCCUCUCUCGCUCAUUGCAUAGCACUUACUACACCAUCACAAUACUGCUAAAUGGGAUGAUUGUUUAUUUCUUUUCUACAAAUGAAAACUUUAACUAGAA